AUCCGUGGCAAAGGCCUGGACUGGCCUCUGAUCAUGAAGGACUUCAACCUGCUGCGCUGGCUGGGGGCCAACUCGUUCCGCACCAGCCACUACCCCUACGCUGAGGAGAUCAUGGACCUGUGCGACGCCUACGGCAUCGUGGUCAUCGACGAGAGCCCGGGGGUGGGCAUCAAACUGCCGGAGAGCUUUGGCAACAAGUCCCUGCAGCAUCACCUGGCUGUGAUGGAGGAGUUGAUCCGCAGGGAUAAGAACAGGCCCUCGGUGGUGAUGUGGUCAGUGGCCAACGAGCCGGCGUCCGAGCUGCCCCCAGCAGCUCACUACUUCAAGACAGUGAUAGCUCACACUAAAGCUCUUGACCCCUCCAGACCCGUCACCUUUGUGACAGAUGCUAAUUACGCUCUUGAUCACGGUGCUCCCUACGUGGAUGUGAUUUGUGUGAACAGCUAUUUCUCCUGGUAUCAUGACCCAGGCCAUCUGGAAGUGAUUCCACUCCAGCUCACRGCCCAGUUUGAGAACUGGUAUAAAACCUACCAAAAGCCCAUCAUCCAGAGUGAAUAUGGAGCAGACUCUGUGCCUGGACUUCACAGUGAUCCCCCGAUGAUGUUCACUGAGGAGUACCAGACUGCCAUGCUCAGGGAGUACCACUCUGUCUUUGACAAGAAGAGGAAGGAGUACGUGAUCGGGGAGCUCAUAUGGAAUUUUGCUGAUUUCAUGACCAGUCAAGGGACCAUGCGAGUUUUGGGGAACAAGAAAGGAAUCUUCACCCGCCAGCGCCAGCCCAAAGCAGCUGCGUUUGUUCUUAGAGACAGAUACUGGAAGAUUGCAAAUGAAUCAAGUUGUCUUCCUCCUGUAGUAACAUCACAUUCMYUUUUUCUAAAAUGAAAACAAAGGGUUUAGUGGCUGGGUGAAUUCGUUAUUAAAUUUCUGUUUAAAUAAGUUUUA